AUGCAGCCCGCACGCAGAAUAUUCUUAUGUUUUACAUUGUUAAUUGUCACAGCUCAGGCCAAUGUUUUAAAGCUUACUACUGAAAAUUUUUACGGGGCCCAUCAGUCCCUUCACUCUCGGGAUGCAGACGAACUAGUAUCGGUCAAUCUUGCCAACUGCGUCUGCGGUUACUAUAUUCCUGAAACAAAACAAACAUUCACUCACCAUAUUUCUUUGAAUCCGUCAGCUCUCAACAGCUCCAACCUUACAGUCGCGCUGUAUAAGCAAGGCUGGAUCAUAAGCGAUCGCGAACAAACAUCUACCCCAAAGAAUAUAAAGUAUUCGCCAUCAAAUCUAAAGUACAACGCCAAUACUAAGGCUCUUGAACUCACCGUCUCGGGUGGUCCAACUAGCCGUAGUAUUAUUCCAAGUGCUGAGAUCAGCACUAUAAUGGACAAAAUACUUUAUGGAUCCUUUCGGUUUAACGUUAAAGUCAGUUCUGUUGCAGGUGCUUGCAGCGGAAUGUUUUUCUAUAAAGACGACAACCACGAAAUCGACAUCGAAAUCCUCACAAGCCAUAUACACAAUACUACGAAGCAGCCAGACGGUGUCCCAAAGCCUGGUCUCCAACUUACAGUACAACCUCUAACAAAGACCCAAGCCUUGAGUAACUAUAGAGUUGUACCAUUCGAUGGUAGAUUCGACCCUACAAAAGGCUACCACGAAUACCGGUUCGAUUGGUUGAAGACCGGUGUGAAAUACACCGUUGACGGAAACUCCUACGGAACUUAUACAAGAUUUAUUCCUAAAAGCGCCGGGCAAAUACUGAUCAAUAACUGGAGCAACGGUAAUCCUUAUUGGCCGGCCGGCCCACCUUUACAAAACAGUAUACUUUCUAUCAGAAGUGUCGAGAUCUACUUUAAUACCACGGAUACUACCAAAAUAGCAACUUGGAGAGCAGCUUUUAUCAGCCCGGUUAGAGCGCUACCUUUAGAAGAGAUAGCUUCCAAAAAUUCAACAGCAAGUAUAAAAAGCUUAGAAAAGCUGGGCAAUGACACCCGCCCAAUACCGCCUGACGUAGGCGAUUCGGGGGCUGUUGCAAGACUAAAUAACACAAACCAACCAAUCCCAAUUACGAACAAUGCGGACGCCGAACCCGAGAAACAGCCCCGAAAACUAGAGUUCGAUGGUACUCCCUAUGUUGAAACGCUUGAGGUCCAGUGUCAGAGCCCCGGGCAUGUUAUAUCGUUCUGGGCUGGGCGGACUACUUUUGAGCUGAACCCAGACUUGUUUUUCCCAGAAGAUCAAAAUUUGCAAUUUGGAAAUUUGGACGAUCCUCCAAGUCUCGUGGCUAUCCAUUGGAAAGGAAUUCAGGAUCGUCAGGCGAUCUGCCAACACUGCCAAUGCUAUGAUAGCGAUGGUAUUGUUACAGAACCGCGUCCCGGAGCAAUCUUUUCAACUAAUGUUAUUGCCGGCGGUCUCUGCACAUGGCAAGAGACUGCAAAUGCAUGUUUCUCUAUCUUCCUCUGUCAAUGUGUCAAGGUUCUGCGGCCGAAAAACGAUUUUGAGACAGGAAACAUAGAUCCCUUUUCUGCCCUCAAUCGAGGGUUUGAAGAACUACCAAUAGCGCCAUUACUUGGCUCGAAUCCAAUGGUGCCACCCCCAAUGUCAGGCGGUGAUCUUGACAUAACAACCGAUCAGAUAGAUGACUUAUUCGCCGCAAUGGGGACGGUGCAGGAGAUCAAAAGUGGUUUUGUGCGCUCUCGACAUAGAAAGAUGCUUGUUCCAGGUACAAAAGAGCCAUACUAUCUCGAAGGACCAGAUGAGCAGCCAGCCCGACACCAUCGUCCGCCAUUACACGAUUUGGUACGAAACUUGGGAGGGUAUAGAUCAUCGCCUAGUCACAAAAUAAAACGGUCUUCAAAUUCUGGUAGCGACUCACAUACACCCUCUGCUCCAUUGUCUUCCACUAAUGACAAGGUAAUCGAAGAGUUUGAGAUAUCCCCGGCGGGUGUAAAAAAUCCUACUUCACUCAUAGAGGCAGAUGCCAGUCCCAGGGGUGAUGGAUCUGGCGCUGAUGCUGACCCGGAUCCCUCCCUACCCUAA